AUGCUGGUAGACAACCCCUUCUCUUCUGGCGAGGUGAAGCCCUUCAAAGGCCCCACAAGACUUCUCCUUGGCCCUGGGCCCCAGAACGCCCACCCCGAGGUCCACGCCGCUAUGUCCCUCCCACAGGUCGGCCAUAUGGACGUCGAUUUUCUGGUCAUCGUCGAAGAUCUCAAGAAGCUCCUCCGCUAUGUGUGGCAGACCAAAAACACCUUCACCAUCCCCGUGUCUGGUACCGGGAGUGCCGCCUGGGAAGCCGCCAUCGCUAACUUGACUGAGGUUGGUGACACCCACCUUAUAUGCGUCAACGGCUAUUUCGGAGAGCGUGCUCUUGAUAUGCACAGUCGGUACGGUGCUAAGGUCGAGCACAUUAGGAAGCCUUACGGCACAGUGUUUACCUUGGAUGAGAUCCGUGCUGGUCUCGAGGAGCAUAAGCCCAAGCUCAUGUGGAUCUGUCAUGCUGAGACCUCUACUGGGACCAAGCAGCCCAUGGACGGUAUCGGCGACCUGUGCAGGGAACACGACUGUCUUCUGCUGCUCGAUACUGUGACGUCAAUAUGUGGGGUUCCAGUCUAUCUCGACGAAUGGAUGGUUGAUGCCGCCUAUGCUGGUACCCAGAAGUGCAUGGGAUGCCCCCCUGGCGUGGCCCCUCUCACUUUCGGCGAUCGAGCUCUGACCAAACUCGCUGCCAGAACCACUCCGGUGCCCAAUUGGUAUUUGGAUAUGACCAUGAUAAGGAAGUACAUUCAGAGUUCUGGCGGUGCCCCGCGCGUCUAUCAUCAUACUGCACCCAUCUCGAUGAUCUACGCUAUGAGGGCCGCUCUCCAACUAGUAGCUGAGGAAGGUCUCGAGAACGUGUGGGCCCGUCACCAGUCAAACGCCGACUAUCUCGUAGAUGAGCUGAAGAAGUUGGACCUAGAAGUGCUCGUUACUGAUGAUGACAUUCGUUUGCCGAGUCUGACUACGGUCCGCAUUCCUCAAGGCGUUGACGGCAAAGCUGUCGUCGUCUAUAUGAGGGAAAAGUUCAACAUCGAAAUCGGACUUGCUUUGGGAGAGCUGGCAGGGAAGGUGUGGAGGAUUGGUCUCAUGGGUUACAACUCCCGUAGGGAAAUUGCUAAAACCGGUGUGGCCGCGCUUGCAGAGGCCCUACAGGCACAAGGUUUUCAGAAGGGAAAGUUGUAGUCGUAGCCGACGAAUUU